UUUCUUUCUUUCAGUCAGAGAAAUCACACAAACCCAACCACAAAACCCUAGCACUGUAAGCCUACACCACCGCCACAAGGAGGUGCAUACUGCCGCAGUUCGUCGCACUCAAAGUUCGCCAUUCGUCAUCUAGCUUCCCUCGUGCUCCAAUUCUUCAACCCCUGUUCGCUGUCACCGAUCGCGGUUGCUUCCUCGAGCUCGGCGUCCGUCGUCUUUGUCUGCUCAGCCGCGCUUCCGUCGCCGUUUGUUUGCCGUUCACGUUCGCGUCUUCGUUCGCGUUCGCUCGGCGUUCACUCGUUGUUCACCGUUCGAGUUCGCGUUCGUCUGGAAGCCACGUUGCUCUGCUUCAAACUCUGCGACCAACCCGCGUGUUCCACUCAGCCGUCGAACUGCUCUCUGUUGUUACCGCCCCCACUGGAGUCUCUCUCAGUCUCACUCGCCGGAGUCUCGUCGUCCAUCUCGCGGCCUUCCUCGUCGUCUCACUCGAGUCUCGUCCCUGGGCUCCUCGUCGCUGGAGAAGGAAGCAACUCGUGGGGUCGUCGCUUGCUUCGUCGCCUUCGUGGAGUCGUAGUCCCUCGUCGUCUUCUGGUUUCGGGUUCUCUCCGUCGCCGUGGGCCGUGGAUAGUUGAAAUAGUACUCCUCCCCGCUCAUUCCAGCAGCCUCUGAACCCUCCAAAACCCUCAAAACCUCCCACCGCCGCUCCACCGCAAACCCCUAACACCCACCAUGGUACGCGACGGUGACGCGAUGGACCAAAACAAUGACGCUUUGGCACCACCACUUCCAACCAACGAGAAGCGGAAGGGGAAGCACGACAAGCCAAAGCCAUGGGACGAGGACCCUAACAUCGAUCAUUGGAAGGUCGAGAAGUUCGAUCCUUCUUGGAACGAAGGCGGCAUGCUUGAGGUUAGCUCGUUCUCCACUCUUUUCCCUCAGUACCGCGAGAAGUACCUUCAGGAAGCUUGGCCUUUGGUGAAGUCCGCGCUCAAGGAAUUCGGCAUCUCUUGCGAGCUCAACUUGGUUGAGGGUUCAAUGACAGUUUCCACGACCAGGAAGACGAGGGAUCCUUACAUUAUUGUCAAAGCUAGGGAUCUUAUUAAGCUUCUUUCACGAAGUGUUCCUGCUCCUCAGGCAAUCAAAAUACUUGACGAUGAAGUGCAAUGUGACAUCAUUAAAAUUAGUGGCUUGGUUCGCAAUAAGGAGCGUUUUGUAAAAAGAAGACAACAUCUUGUGGGUCCCAAUUCUUCCACAUUGAAGGCACUUGAAAUACUCACUGGUUGCUACAUUCUUGUCCAGGGAAAUACAGUUGCUGCAAUGGGUUCAUUUAAAGGCUUGAAGCAAGUAAGGAGGAUUGUUGAAGAAUGCAUGCUGAAUAAAAUGCAUCCUGUAUACAACAUUAAGGUUCUUAUGCUGAAGAAAGAACUUGAAAAGGAUCCGGCCCUUGCACAAGAAAACUGGGAUAGGUUUCUUCCAAAGUUCAAGAAGAAAAAUGUUCAGCAAAAGAAGGUUAAAUCUAAAGAAAAGAAGCCAUAUACUCCUUUCCCGCCUCCUCAACAGCCCAGUAAGGUUGAUAUUGAAUUAGAAACUGGAGAAUACUUCUUAAGUGCUAAGAAGAAAUCAGCAAAGAAAUGGCAAGAGAAGCAGGAGAAGCAAGCGGAAAAAACUGCUGAAAACAAGAGGAAAAGAGAAGAGGCCUUCAUUCCACCCAAGGAACCUGCAAAGCUGGUGGAUAAAUCUGAAGAUGCUAAUAAUAAUAAUGUAGCUGACAUGGCAAAGUCCUUAAAGCAAAAAGCAAAGAAGCUAGGGAAGCGCAAAUCCGAAGAAAACAUAAAUGCUGAGACAUACAUCAUAGGAUCAUCAGAACAACCAUCAGGAAAGAAAUCAAAGAAGCAAAAAUCUUAGUUAACAUCGAUCCUUUGGAGAUGGAAGAUGGGCUUGUGGAUUGAAAUCGAUCCCAAAAAUUCGUCUUUUAGAAAAGUUUUGACACUAGUGUGUAAGUCUAUGGACAUUGCUGCUGCAAUUUGUCGAGAAAGUAUGAGUGGGUUGCAUUGUGUCUCACUCGUUCUUGCCUAAUUAGAUUGUAACAUGUACCACAAUGGUCCCUUUUCUAAAUGUAUUGGCCAAAAUGGAUCUUCAAUUUUUCCUUUUAAUUGGUGUUAUUAAGCGUGAUUUUUUAACA